GUGCCUUUUUCACGUUUAAGUUAAUCUCCGGCCGAUUGAAACUAUAGACUUUGUUAUUGAUGUCUAUAAAUUUCAUUGCAAUAUAGUGGAAAUUGACCAGUGCAUGGAAUUCGGAUAGAGGUAUUGUGAUAACUAUUUCAGUUGUAUGCUCGACCUAUUGAGAUUUUAAAUAAACAAACGCACAAAUUAUGAUGGAAUUUAAUUGUCUUAAAGAUGACGAUGAAAGAUCUAAUAGAAUAGACUUGCUGCAUAGUCAAUGAACACUCAAAGUAAACAAAUAUAACCAGAGGUUAUACAUAAUAAGCAACAAGAAGCUAGAGAGAGCAAAGACAAAGAGAUCAAUCUAUACCUUCCUUUACUGGAGAAGACACGUAAAGUAUUAUGGAGAUAAAAAGUUCCUUGAGCAUUUUUGGGUUAUUUCUCUUGCUUGAUAUUCGAAUUAUCACUUGUAACUUGGAUGUAUUAGUUAGCGGUGAAGAAAUGCAGAAAUUGUUGUUUGGGUCGGAAAGCGACAUCAAAAUUGUGGAGAAUGGAAAUCUCUCAAAUAUUUUGAAGCGAAAUCUUUCGGCGUUUCUACCACCGAUACAACCAAAAUUUUCAGAACUGAAAUUGCAAUUUGCCUCAGCGAACAGGUUAUACUAUCGAAUGAAUUUAACGUCAAGUGAUCUAACAAUUAUGGCAGACCCGACCGUGACGAUACCUUAUAAGGGCAGACUACAAAAGAAAUUUAUAGCCUUCGAAAUUAGGUUUCCCUGCAGGAAACUGAAAACUGGAAUGGUCAAAUUAGGGAUAGUUGUGGAUUUCUUUUUUAACAAAGAAAGAACGUUGUAUAAAAGAAUUGAUUUGUCUAUGAGAAGAUAUUGCAUAUCAGAGAAGAGAAUACCCUCUCACGGCUUGCCAUCCGCUGGAUGUAGAAAGAAAUGCAACUUGAAAAACUUCAGAAGAAAGUAUUGCUUGUCUGACUUCGUUGCACGUGUAAAAAUUACAAAAGCUGCAUUAAAUGAAGCAGAACCAUAUUAUUUGGCAAAUUUUCCCAGGAGACGUAUUUACAAACGAGCACGCACACUAAAGAUGAUAAAAAAGAAUCAAGUUAUAAAAGCACGUGGCGCCAGACUAACCUGUGACUGCAAAGUGUUAGAGGAAGGGAAGAGAUAUUUAUUAUUUGGUCGAGAAGACCGGUAUAAUAACGUACUUUACGUAGAUAACUUUUCAAUUGCGUUUGAAAUACCGAAAAAUGACAAACGUGCCGAUUCUGUUGUGAGAGACUUCCAAAGAGAACGGCAAACAAUACAUUGUCCGUUUUCAAAUUUACUGUAAGUAAAGCUAAAGCUAGAAAAUAUUUUUCCUGCAACGUUAUUUUCUUUCUUGAAAAUGGCGAUAUUUAUUUAAUUGAAAUGAAAACAUGAAUAUAUUGGAAAACAUUGUCUAGCUAAAGAUACGAAGGGUUAAGUAUAAUGGUGUCACCGCUCUUCAAAAGACAGAGAGAAAAGAAAAAUCGAAUCAUUAACAUUCUAAUAAAAGAAACAUGCUGGCUUCUGGUAAAAGUAAAUCGCAUGUUAUUGAUGGCGUUUCACAUUUAUCUGUUGGCUACAAAGUUUCCUCUCCAUUAAGCUGUGCAAAUACCUUCUUGAAUACUCCAUGCUGUUUUAAACAAACGCACACUAUAUGGAAACUCAUUGUUCAUAGUAUAUAUAUGUAAUGUAUUUUGUAAUUUAAUUCACUUAACGUUCUAACUAA